UAGACAGUGUCCAGGGUUAGGGUUGUGCUAGGCAAACCAUCGACCCUUAUCGCCUGCCUGCGGGGUGAUAAGGAUUUUCAUGGGCAGAAAAAAAAAAAAAGUUGAAUGAAACCACUGGCCUGGUUUAUUGCAGGUGCAUCAAUCCAAGCAUCGCAAGACUGGUGACUUGAUCCCACGGUCAACCGCAAAGAUGCCGUCCGUCCCACUUGCUGAAAAGCUUGAUAAGAUUCGGUCACCAAAUCUGCAGAGCCAGCAGCAGACCGCCGUUGUGCUCGCCGCAGUCGAGUCGACUUUAAAGGACCAGAAUACGGAGGCAACCCCGACAGCCUACUUCGCGGCCCUGCUAGCCCUGCUCAGCCAGGCCACCUCCGACGACGCCCAGAACAAGGCUCUUCCCACGUCGGUCGUCUACCUUCUCGAUAUUGUUACGCCUUUUGCCCCCCACCCACUCCUCCGCGCCAAGUUCACCCAGAUCCUAAGUCUUCUGGCUCCGGUGAUCUCACACCCCGAGGCAGAUGCGCCCACAGUUCGACCAUCGAUAGGAUGUCUAGAAUCCUUACUCAUUGCCCAGGACUCGGCAGCAUGGGAGCUGUCAACUGCUCAGAUUGGUCCUCGCCGGGCCAUUGCGGCUCUUCUAACCUUGGCAUUGGACCAUCGGCCGAAGGUGCGGAAAAGGGCGCAGGAUGCCUUGAAGAGCGUCCUCAAGGCGCCGCCGCCAAGCCCGUCCCUUGAUCACCCGGCUGCGGGUAUGUGCGCCGAGACCGCUAUGAAGAGCCUGGCGGACCUGGCGGAACAAGGAGUCCGGAUGAAGAAGGAGAAGAAGGGUGUCGAAUCCGUCAACAGCCCCGACCUCAUACACGCCCUCCAGUUGGUCAAGACCAUUGCUUCUGCCAGUGGGGGGUGGCCUAGCAAGAAGAUCGAAGAUCUCUGCGAGCUUCUGCUCGGAAUCGCAAGGACCGGGAACGAGCACAUGACCAUGGCCGUCUUCGACAUAUUCGAUAUGAUAUUCGAGGGCAUGGCAGAUGAGAUUGCCUCCUCAAAGCUCCCACGGCUCCUGGAAAUCAUCUCGGAACUUCGCCCGGCGGCGAAUGACACACAGCUGCUCCCCCCGUGGAUCGCAAUCCUCUCUAGGGGAUAUGAUGUCUUUGCUCAGAUAGAGCCGGAAGAAACGUUCCAACAGCUACCGGACCUCUUCGUCCUGGUCUCGGAGUUCAUGGAGUCACAUUCGAAGAAUAUCCGCAUCUCGGCGUCUGAGUGCAUGAUUUCCUUCGCAGCAAACUGUAUACCAGCGCAAGUCAUACUCGAGCCGUCUAUAUAUGACGAGAAGAUCCUGGAGAAACUUGCAAAAGUUCUCGAGGGCCUGCUCACGGUUAAAUACCAGUCCGCGUGGGAGGAGACUUUCAACGUCAUAGGAGCCAUGUUUGAUUCUCUGCGAUGGAGAGCCUACCCAUACCUUUCGGUUGUGACGGGUACUAUCGGAGAGAUGCGAGGGAAUGACGCCUUCGCUGGCAAGAAGGAGGCCGAUGUUGUCCUUGGGAAGGCCGUUCGGGCUAUGGGGCCGGAGGCGGUUCUGAAUGUCUUGCCUCUGAAUCUCGCCAAGCCGGUCAAAGGCCAGCCCGGUCGAGCUUGGAUGCUGCCGCUCCUUCGCGACUAUACAGCCAACACGCGUCUCGCCCACUUCAAAACCGAGCUUGUGCCGCUUAGCGAGAUCAUGUUCCAGCGAGUCCUUGAUCACGGAGAGGCGCCCAAGACGAUGGAGGUCAAAAUCUACGAGACGGUCGUCCAGCAAAUCUGGUCUAUUCUCCCCGGAUACUGCGACUUGCCCCUUGAUUUGACCGAGGCUUUUGACCAGGGCUUUGCCGAGAUGCUUGCGAAUCUUCUGUACCAGCAAGUAGACCUGCGACUGGAUGUCUGCCGUGCCCUCAAGGCGCUCGUCGAGUCCAACCAGGCCAUUGCUUCCAUCGACGAAGAGGAGGACCUAAUUCUACAAAGCAGGGUGACGAAGGCCGAUGCGCAAAAGAACCUCGACUAUCUCGGUACUUUCUCUGGCAACUUCCUUGCCGUGCUCUUCAAUGUCUAUGGGGCCACGAUGCCACAAAGCCGGGGCCCGAUUCUGCAGACGAUCAACGCCUACUUGAGCGUCACGCCGCCCAAGGAGUUGAUGGAAACGUUCGAUCGGGUCUGCAAGAUGUUUGCCUCAGCCUUGCAAGAAGAGACUCCCAAAAAACAGGGAGAGAAGCCCGAACAAUCGGCUUCGCAGACGCCAUCUACCACCCAUACCUUGAUGGACCUCGUCAUCACCAUGGCCAUCUACCUUCCUCGGGACAGCUUUGGAACCCUCUUUGAAAUCGCCACGUUGGUGAUCUUCAAAGACGAUGACCCCCAGCUACAAAAGAAGGCAUACAAGCUCAUACCGCGGCUGGCUGACUCACCAACGGGGAAAGCUGCUCUGGAAGAGAGGCACGAAGAACUUCAGGCCCUUCUCGUAACCAGUGCUGAGAAAGUUUCUGCACCGGCGAGGAGGGAGCGGCUUGCGGCAAUCUCUGCUUUCUUACCUCUCCUCCCAAAUACUUCAUUGCACUUCAUCCCGUCCAUCCUGUCCGAGGUUGUCAUAAGCUGCAAGGAGCAGAACGAGCGAGCGAGGUCGAUGGCGUUCGACCUCCUCGUUCAAAUGGGUGAAAAGAUGGCCGCCGCCGAUGGCGCCAUGAUCGACAAUAGCAAAGCCCCCCAUAUGCCCAAGGACGCACCCGCAGCCGCGGCAACGAUCGAAGAGUAUGUCACCAUGGUCAGCGCCGGUCUUGCGGGGAGCACUCCGCAUAUGAUAUCCGCCUCCAUUACAGCCAUCACCCGGAUCCUCUACGAGUUCCGGGAGUCGCUGAGCACUUCCACCCUGGCAGAUCUGGUGCAGACCAUGGACCUCUUCCUGACGUCGAACAAUCGAGAGAUUGUGAAGAGCGUGUUAGGCUUCGUCAAGGUCUGCGUCAUCAGCUUGCCGACCGAGAUGGUCCAGCCGCGCCUCGUCAGCCUUAUCCCCAACCUCAUGAUUUGGAGCCACGAGCACAAGGGGCACUUCCGAGCAAAAGUCAAGCACAUCCUCGAGCGCAUGGUCCGCCGGUUCGGCUUCGAAGCCGUAAAUACCAACUGCCCGGAGCCGGACAGGAAGCUCAUCAACAACAUCCGCAAGACAAAGGAGCGGGCAAAGAAGCGGAAGGGUGCCGCCAAGGACGAGGACGGCGAGGACAGCGGCGAGGGCGGCGAGGAGGGGCCCUCGCGCCGGGCUGGCCGGUUCGAGAGCGAGUACGACCAGGCCCUCUACAGCAGCGACGACUCGGAGGCGGAGGCGGCGGACUCGGACGACGAAGUCAUCGGCCGGGCGAAGAGGCCCGCGGCCGGGCGCAAGGGCGGGAACACGUACAUCGUCGAGGAUGACAACGAGCCGCUCGAUCUGCUGGACCGCAAGGCGCUCGCCAGCAUCUCGUCGACCAAGCCGGUCAAGCUCAGGCGCGCCGGGCGGUCCAAGGCCAAGACGGACGUCGACGGCCGGCUGAUCCUGGGCGGCCAGAAUGGCGACGACGGAGGGGCCAUGGAUAUCGACGCCGAGGGGGGAGAGGAGACGGGCGUCGGCGCCUAUGUCGCGGCCCUCAAGGGCAAGGACGCGCCGAAGAAGGGCCUGCGCGGCAAGCUCAAGUGGUCCAACAAGAAGAGCCGAGACGACGACGAUGACGACGAGGACGACGGCGACGAGAUGGAGGUGGAUUCCGGUGCUGCCGCCUACAGGGCUAGGCCUGGCCACGGCAAUCGCGGGGGCCCCGUGUCUCGGGGCAGGGGUAUGGCCCGCGGCCGCGGGGGGACGCGGGCCGGCCGGGGCGGGAUCGCUUCGGGGAGGAGGGGCCUGGGAGAGGACAAGCGGUCGGGCCCGCCGAUGAAUGGCCGGGUGGGCAAGCCUAGAGCGGGAGGCAGGGGAGGAAGUCGGGGAGGAAGCAGAGGGUCGAGCAGAGGAGGAGGCAGGGGAGAUAGUAGGGGAGGAGGCCAAAGGGGCAGGGGAGGGAGGAGAUGAGAGAGCCUUCGUAAAGGCUUGGGUGUGCCAGUUGUGGCUUCUAGUUGACCGGAUCUGAUGGUUUGCUUGUGCAAUACCCACAGGACGUGAGAUGCUUUUCUUUGCCAAGAGGCUAUUUUGCUCUUACCGCGUAGAGGUACUCGGAGUCGUUUGAUAUAUAUUUCUGAACUUGGUUCUCCCAUAAACUAGCCCCAAAGGCUGUCUUAUUUACCGUGACAGGUGGUAUCCAAAUGUAUACCCUCACCAUGUCUUAUACUAC